AUGGCACCAAUCAGCAUUAAAGUAUUUCAAAAUACUCUAAGAGCAGCAGCAACACAACACAGACACAACUACACAAACAUCCACUCAAUCACCGUGCGGUGGGAGAAGGACCAUACAAAAGCAGACAAAGUCUCCCAAUAUUUCCAGAAUCUCCUGAAAACAUUGAAUAUCCCACCAGCCGCCGAGCACAUCAUCCGCCACAACAGCCCGAAUCCCGACAUUCCUUUCCAACAAGCUUUCCAUGACAUUCUCGAAGAAUCCCAACCCAAGACUAACAGCGACCAUAAACUUCUAAUAUUCCACUACGCAGGACACGGCUUUAUCAAGAACGGACAGCUUACAUUUGCCGAAACCGCUACUGCCGAGAAGACUCUUAAUGCAGGCAAUUGUCUGUUCGAAGAUACUGGGCUCAUUCCCGACUCAGUCCAUCUAGAUAUAUUACUUAUCUUCGAUUGUUGCUACAUUGGGCAUAUAGCGACUCGGGCUCCAAUUAUCUCAAAUAGGGUGGUGGAAAUAUUAGCAGCGACAAGCACACAGAUACCCAGGAAUAGAAUCCUACCGGAGAAUGCAUUUACUGCUAAGAUCGCUGAGGAAAUCACUCGCAGGAAGCGGAGCGGGCAUCAAUAUGUGGAGUUUGCUGAUGUUUUUCAAACGUUGAGAUCUCGUGGAGAGAGAGAUAAGCUCAGACCUACUCAUGCUUUGUUGGUUGGGGUUGGGUCGGUUAUUUUGCCUCUUAAUAAUUCCAGGACUGUUGAUCCGGUUACUAUUGCACCGAUGUGCACGGCUCUCUUUAGUGUGAGUGUUGCGAAGGAGAUGACUGCGGAGGAGCUAAGGCAGCUGAGUUCAUGGAUGAAGAACCUCCCUUGCUUUGCGGGUCUUGAGGUUGAUAAGGGCUAUUCGUUGAUUGCAGAGGAUGUCAGGGCGCCUAUUGAUCUUGAUAACCUGUCCACCGGUUAUGAGAAGUAUCACAACGAAUAA